AUGAUUGUGGGUGACAUUCAUGGUCAAUACAAAGAUCUGGAACGUAUGCUAGUCUUGCCCACGGCCAAGAACAUUGAACUGGCGCAAGUUGCGAAGAGAGCAGGAUUUCUGUUUGAUUAUGUUGAUCGAGGACCUGCUGCUAUACCUUUCUUGAUCACGUUGAUGCGGCUGAAAGUUAAACAUCCGAGCAAUGUGAGUUUUAUGAUUUUGUAAAGAACGUUUUUUCAAUUUUUUAAAGAAUGUUCUUGAUGUUUUUUUUUGGGUUUGGAAAGCAAUUCUUUGACGUUUUUUGUAAAGAAAGUUUCUGUCAUUUUUUGGAUUUGGAGAGAGUUUUUCGAGCUUUUGAUGGUGAAACACAAGAAACGGGAAUGUUAUACGAGAAAACAUGUAUUAUAAUAAAAUUUCCAAAAAGCCUAUAAGCAACCGGACCGCGGUUUCAAAAACGCACAAAAAUGUGCAAGUUUUAGCAUCGCAUACCGCACGUUUUUCAUUUUCAUAUACGGCUUCAUUUCAAAUUUUUCAUUCAGACUGGUUUGUUCCUUCCAAAGCUGGUGGUUGAGGUUUGAAGUUGAAAAUGAUUGCUUGGAAGUUGAUUAAGAAGCUCAGGUAUUUUUGUCACGAAGCGUGGUGCUUUACAGUAUGGAUUUUGAAUGCAUUCCGCUUAUUAUUUGUAAGUUUUACUCGCAAUAAAGGUGUAAAGAAAGUUAUUGUCAUUCAAGGUUAGGCGCAUUUUCUAAAUGUUUUUUUUUGAAUAUACAUCUGUCAUAAUGAAAGUUAUUGCCAUUUUUUGAUUUUUCAGAGCUCAUGUGUGGAACCGACUGAAAAUGUAGAAAGCGGUGAUGGCAGCGACGAGAACAUUCAGGAACGUAACCUAGCUCUGCCCACAAUCCAGAACGUUGAGUUUAGUGGACUAUCGACAGGACCUGGCAACGCGAAUAAUCAUGGUAGGGAUCCGGACGAAGUUGUCAAUCGUACCAAAAAAUUUUGUGACCAAAUUACGGUAAGAAGUUAUAUUUAACUUGUUUGGGGACAGCCAUGAAGUUGGUGAUAUCCGCUCAAAUGUUUUUCGGUACCUUUAGGAUAGAAUUUAGGCUUAUUUUUGUGUUUUUGAUCUUUAUUACCUUUUUUCAGUUCCGAGGCAGCUUUCAAAGCUGA